GGGAGGGUAUGACCGAUGACCUGUAGCUGUAGCAGUGUGGGUUCUGAACUGGAGGCAAGAAUUUGACGAUAUCGAGAACGAACAUGACGGCAACUUUGUACCUUGUACCGCCCUGGCGAGUCGUUUGGGUCUCGUGACAGCCGUGAGGUAUUCCAGCUCGGCUCAGUAGGCUGGCGACUAUAAAGUCGGUACAAGGAUUAUUUAAGUUGCAUAAAGUUACCGGUGGCUGCGACUAUAGCAGCCACGAAGAUCUCAGUGGAGGGUCGACUGUUUAACUUUUGGACAAGAGUCUGAAGUUGUACGCGGGUCUUCUAGGAUCUUAUAGGAAAACCUUGUGAUACAGCUUGAUCUGCACGACCAGGAGGCAACAUGUGGUCCAGCCGAGCCCUGCUGCUGGCCCUGUGUGCCCUGUCCGUCUCCCUGUCGCUGACCGUCGCCAGGGACGCGCCCGUGAAGCGGUACGUGGUGGACCUGGACACCGCGCCAGAGGAGCACUUCCUCCCGAUCUGCCAGGACCCCGACAUACAGGCGAUGAUCCCCAUGCUGAAGAAGGACGUCAAGGAUAUGAUCACGAGCCUGGUGCCGGAGGAGGCGCUGCCUCUCCUGGACGUGCUGACCUCUGACCUGGACCAGUACCUGCCACACCCCUUCGCGGGAGAGAUGCGGGGCAUCGCCAACUGCACGGGCAUCAACCUGGGGGAGAUCGUCACCUUGAACCUGGCGUACGACUUAACCGCUUUCUGCACCAGUAUCGUUGCCCAGGACUCCAAGGGGACCAUCUGGCACGGGCGGAACUUGGACUACGGCUUCGGCGACUUCCUGCGCAACAUAACCGUCAUGGCCGACUUCCAAACCAAAGGACAGACCCUCUACACCACCACCACCUACCUGGGGUACGUGGGAGCGCUGACGGGUCAGAGGCCAAACGGGUUCACCGUGUCAGUGGACGAGAGGGACCAGGGAGCCUGGUGGAUGAACGCCCUGGAGGCCUUGCUGAACAGACAGGCUUCUCUCAUGAGCUUCCUGGUCAGAGAGACUCUGGCAGAAGCCGACAGCUACGAUGUGGCCAUAGAGAGGCUGGCAUACACGCCACUCAUCGCGCCCGUGUACUUCAUCGUGGGAGGAGCCAACGUGGCGGAGGGAGCGGUCAUCACGCGAGACCGAACAUCGGCACUGGACAUCUGGACUAUGAACCCCGCACAGGGCAGGUGGUAUGUGUUGGAAACUAACUAUGACCACUGGGAAGAGCCACCUGCACAUGAUGACAGGAGGACACCAGGAAUGAAGGCCAUGAACACCACAGGACAAGACGCCAUCAACGCAUCCUCCAUGUUUCAGGUGCUGUCUGUUCCAAAGGUGCUGAACAGGCACACUACCUACACAGCCAUUAUGAGCGCAGCACAGCCGCAGGUCUACAACACCUGGGUACGCUGGCCAGAGGCACAGGCCGCGGGUCAGAAGCCCUAGGGCAAUGUCUGAGGCCGCCACUACUUUUAAUUUUAUUGUAAGGGGAAGUGAGGUUGUCCUUAGAGUUUUAAAUCUUGCAGAAAAAAUUAUUGUUGCAUUUCCCAGGUACAGAUGUGCAAUGAACUUUUAAUCUUUAACCCAGGGUAGCAAGGCAUUUGGUGAUGUAAGAAGUGGGAAGGUCCCCAGAUUACAUACUCAUGUAAGAAAAAUAGAUUGGGACAAAUAAUCAUCAAGCAGAUGUAAGCUUGACGGCUGGUUUUGCAUCUCUGUUAUAAAUGUUGGGCCAGAACUCGGUUGGACCCAACAUCUGCUUGGAGAUGGCUUGAUACACCCCACUAUUGUAGACCAUUCAGUUCUAUUGGACGUCCAUAAUGUGUGAAAGAGUGAAAGUUCUGGGCUCAUGUUGCACUCAAAAAUGUGACUUUCACUUGAACGUGAAUGUGUUAUAUUUUGUAAUUAACUCUGCACGAUCUGGGGCCUCAAGAUGCACUUAUAAUAGUACAACACGUUAAUGUUAACCACUGAUAUACAUGGUACUAUUGGUAUAGAAUGUGUUAUUUUUAUGAUAUGAACUAUGCAACCACGGCUAGAAUGUAAAAAUAGCUUUUAAAAAGAUUUUUGCUACAAAAAUUGUCUGUGUUUGGGUGUUUUAAUAGAUCUCAAAUAUGAAGAUUAAAAAUUGUAAAAUUUUUAAGUGCUAUUCUUGCCUAAAAUGACAUAUGCUGACAGAGAAUAAACUUUCAUCAAUCUA